AUGCGAUGGAGUGUGCGAUUUUGCAUCCGCGCAGUUGACAAGAGCAUACAGAUCACCGGUGAGGUGGGUAGUAGUCUGAUCGGCGGGCUUCGGAAGAAUAUGAUUGCUGCUUUUGAACAUAUCAGUGAUGUCCAGUGUGGUGGAUGGGUUAUCGAAAUCGGCGCCGCUGACCGCAUUGUUAAACGCCGUCUCCCUGUGCUGCUUACGGUUCUCAUAGCGUUUACUGCUGUCUUCCCACCCACAAAGCAAACUGUAGUAAAAGCCGAACAUAUCACUCAGCGAUUUCGGCGGACUAGGGAGAACGCAGUUGAACAGGCUGCAUAUCUUAGUGAGCGGAGACUUUUGAUUGCCGCAGAAGUCAGCAAGCACUUCCAUGAGGAAUUGUCCUGUUCGCCUGUGUGA